UGUGACACAACAGGAAUGCAGAACGUUUUGUUUCUAAAACCGUUUCCUCCUCAACAGGUGUGUAAGCGAAGAUGGUAUGGGCAUGAUUUAAAAAUCAGUCUCUCUUUUUACAGUUGUCACACUGCCUAAUGGACUGAACUACCAUUCCCUAUGAUCAGCUUGAAGGAAACCGCAAACUGCAUCUACAGAUAAACUGCCAGACGAGUAAGACAUGAGAGACAGGCUGAGGCACCUCCAUCAGGUGCAGAGUGACUCUGAGGGUUUGAGCUCAGUGGAGCAGGACCAUUUGUCAGCGCAUGAGGCAGCAACAGCGUCCCCUCCUCCUGACCCAGACCUUUAUGGCGUCCUGCAGGAGGCCCAACAGAUACGUCUGGAGAUCCAGGAGAUCCAGAACGAGAUCAGUGAACUGAAAGACGCAAACUACCAGGCCUUAAACAAGAUCUCACACCCCGCUGAGACAGAGCGGGACUCCAAUGCAAUCGGCGUGGAUAUCAAACGUAGAGGAGAAGCUGUGCUGCAGCGGCUGCACGUGAUGAGUGCUCUCAGAGCGGAACUGAAGGCCCGCCGCGGCAGCUCUGACCCCGCAGAACGCAUCGCUCAAGCACAGCACCGGUGUCUCAGCAAUGCUCUGCGGGAGGUGAUGCUCAGCUACAAUGACACAGAGAUGAGCCACAGGGAGGCUUGUAUACAGCAGAUCCAGAGACAGAUGGAGGUGGUGGGCAGGGAGGUCGGCGAGGAGGACCUGGAGGAGAUGAUGGAGGGCGGGGAGUUGAAUGUGUUCAGCACCCAGGUGGAGGGCAAAACGGCUCGCUCGGCUUUCCUGCAGACCGAGAGCCGACAGAAGGAGAUGCUGGAGCUGGAGAAGAGGAUAGAGGGGAUCCAGGAGCUGUUUCUGGAUGUGGCUGUGCUCACAGAGGAGCAGGGGGGAGCUGUUGAAAACAUCCAGAAAAGUGUCCAAAAUACUGAAGUGAUCAUUCAGGAUGCCGUGGUCCAGCUGGAUAGAGCCACUACAUUUGAUAAGAGCAACCCCUUCAAGAAGCUGUUUUGUUGCUGCUGUCCAUGUUUUAACACUUAGGUCUGAUGAGGGAUCCAGUCCACUGGUCCAUGUGGUGAAAGCUGCACUACAAACUAAAGGAACAACCCAUAAGAUGGUAUAAUAAAUCACCAGUUCCUUCAAAAACUGUUUUGAUAUUGACAAUCUCACCACAAGGUCCAUUUAAAAGCUGUUCUGGAGCUUUUGAUCAUUGUAAAAUAUUGUGAUAUUCAAACUGAAUUGCACUGGGUUAAGAUAGAUGCUAUUAGUGUAGGUAAACACAAUACUAGCAAACAUCUACAGUAUGUCUAGUUGGGAACCGAAAACAUCAGGCAUGAAGCUACAUGUUCUGUAGAUUUUGUCAACUGUUGUUUCCAAGGUCAAGACUUCUAAUCUUUAAACCAACACGGACAGGAAGUCCUUAAAGUGGCAAUCCUUAAGAUUUCAGUCCUGGUUGAUUUAGAAUUUGCAUUUGAGUGAAAACAAUGAAAUUGUGCUGAGAGUUUAGCAGUGUGGAGCAUGGAAAUAGAAUAUAUCUCAUUCUAUUUCUAUGGUCUGGAGUCUUGUUGAUACAUGAGCUUCAAGUUUUCAAAAUUGUGCGCAUAGUUACAUAUUUUGUGUGUAUACAAUGGUGAAAAACUGGAAUACAGCAUUUAUUCCAGAAAAUGUCAUGUUGAGUCUUGCAUUGCCAGACCUAUCUCCAUGUCAUGCCAGACACUAAGGCUGGGUAUCGCCGAUGAUUUCCCUAAUCAAUUCGAGUAAGCCACAAGGUCCCAAUUCAACAACCUUAGGUCAUGGAAACUUCAGUACAAUAUCAACUUUGCUUGGAUACAAAAGAGAUUCUUAAUGCUUAAAUUGUACAAGCAAGAAGCAACCCUCAAAUAUUUUUUAUAAUGCACCAAGUUAAUGUUUACAUUAAGAAUUGACCCCCAAAAAGUAUGUUUAAAGUAUUUUUUACUUAUACAUCCAUGGUAAAAAAAAAAAAAAAAGGCAUAUGUUAAAAGAUUCUGGAUUUUAUGAAUCAAUAUCAGAUCACUCACACAAACGUUGAUUUUAAUUGGAGAAUCAAUUUGUUUUAACCCAGCCCUACUAGCCACCUAUACUGCCACCCAUACAUACAGCAUAUAUAUAAUUAUUGCAAACUUUCAUCAGUGGGCUGUGGGCUCAAUCCCCACUGUGUUAUCUCCUUUAGUGAUUUAACAGAUGUUUUAUUAAAUGAAAAUCUUUGAGAUUACAGCUUCAAAGUGCUGAAUAAAAAACGUAAAAUCUGAAUAUGACCAUUGAGGCUCCAUCUGCUAAUGAACGUUGAUCGAAAGCCAGUGUUGAAAUGUAACUAGGUAUGUUCACUCAAAUACUUCACUUACAGAUUUGAGGUACUUGAACCUACUUGAGUGUUUCCUUCCAUGCUACUCUAUACUUCUCCUCCACUACAAUUCAGAGGGAAAUAUUGUACUUUUUACUUCAGUACAAUCAUUCGACAACUAAAGUUACUUUGCAGUUUAAAACAUAUA